AGAGAAGUUGCACAAAAUGGUUUCCAUGGCUAUGAUUAUAGAAUUGCUAGUUUUGUUAACGUACCUCUCGAAUACUAAUGCAUCGAACAUUUCAACUGAUGAGGCUGCUCUUUUAGCUUUCAAAGCUCAUAUAACUUCAGAUCCAAAUGGAAUGUUGUCGAAAAACUGGACAAAGGGGACUCACGUUUGCAAUUGGAUAGGCAUAUCUUGCAGUAAAAGGCAUCAAAGAGUGACAUCACUAGACCUCAAUGGUCUCAGACUAAGAGGUUCAAUCGCGAUAGAUAUUGGGAACCUCUCCUUUCUUAGUUUCUUGGACAUUGGCAACAACAGCAUCAACGGUGAAAUCCCUGAUGAACUCGGCUAUUUGAGGAGGCUGAAGCACUUGUCCUUGUCAAUGAAUAAUCUCACAGGUCAAAUUCCAGAAAGUCUUGGAUUACUGAGAAGGCUCGAGUUGUUGGAUCUUUCUGAAAAUGAUCUCUUUGGAUCUGUUCCUUCGUCUAUCUUCAAUGUCUCUUCUUUGAAGGUCAUCAAUUUGAUUUAUAAUGCACUAUCUGGGACCUUGCCGAAUGACAUUUGCCAUAAUCUUCCGCGGCUGGAGGGAUUACAAAUAGCAAGAAAUCAACUCUCUGGCCAACUACCAAGCAAUUUAGACAAAUGCAAAGAGCUAAUAUAUUUGUCCUUGUCAUAUAACCACUUCACAGGAAACUUGCCUAGAGACAUGUGGAACUUGACAAAACUUCAACAUCUAUUUAUUGGAUGGAAUAACAUAACAGGUAUUUCUAAUGUUCUGGUUUAA